CCACCCCUCUACGCGCACACACACAUACAAAAUGGCGGCACGGGGGCGGGCGGCACCGCCCCUCUGGGAGGGUCCCGUCUCCCGCCCCCUGAAGCGGAGUAGGCCACGAUUGUCGGGGAGCUGCUCGGCAGAGGCCCGGCACGGAGACAGGUGUCUCAGGCAGUCUCAGCCAGGAUUUGGGAGCGAUGUCACAACAACUGCUCUACCGUGCUCUGGUUUCUGCUAAAUGGCUUUCAGAAGCCAUCAAGUCCAAGCAAACGGGGCAGGCCUUGAAGGUUGUGGAUGCAUCUUGGUAUUUGCCAAAGAUGAAGCGUGACCCGAAGCAGGAAUUUGAGGAGCGCCAUAUCCCUGGUGCAGUUUACUUUGAUAUUGACCAGUGCAGCGAUCGUACUUCACCUUAUGAUCACAUGAUGCCUAAGGCCGAUGACUUUGCUGAGUAUGUGGGGAAGCUGGGUGUGGGGAAUGAUUCCCAUGUUGUGGUGUAUGAUGGCAGCGACCAAGGUCUCUUCUCAGCACCACGGGUGUGGUGGAUGUUCCGGGUCUUUGGACAUGAAGCAGUUUCCCUUCUAGAUGGUGGCCUGAAGAACUGGCUGCGCGAGGGAUUUCCGCUGAGCUCUGGGAAAACUCAGGUAGCUCCCGCUGAGUUCCACGCCACCUUGGACAAGUGCAUGGUGAAAACCUACGAGGACAUCUUAGAUAACUUGGAUUCCCAUCGUUUCCAAGUUGUGGAUGCGCGUGUUGAAGGACGGUUCCGGGGAAUAGAGCCAGAGCCUCGAGAUGGUAUUGAGCCUGGUCAUAUCCCUGGCUCCCUGAACAUCCCCUUCACCAGUUUCCUCACAGAGUCUGGGUUAGAGAAGACCCUGGAGCAGAUCAGAAGUCUGUUCCAAGAGAAGAAAGUGGACCUCUCAAAGCCUCUGGUAGCUACGUGUGGCUCUGGGGUCACUGCCUGCCAUGUGGCUCUGGGGGCAUACCUCUGUGGCAAACCAGAUGUUGCUGUGUACGAUGGGGCCUGGGUGGAAUGGUACAUGAGGGCGCAGCCUGAAAAUAUUAUUUCUGAGGGAAAGGGGAAGACUGUGUAAUGAGCUGCUUCAUCUCUUAUUCAUACAGAUAAUCUGCCUUGAAACAGGAUUUGGGAAAAGAUGAGUUUAUAUAUUCCUGGUUAAGUGUCAUGAGGUGAAGGUGUUGGGCAACACGUAUGGGCACAUGGUGCUUUGGCAUUUUUGCCUUCCCCAACCCUUUGGGAGCAUAAAGAUGACCUGGGCAGCCUGCUCUAGGUGAGCAUGCAUGAGCAGGUGGGUUGGCCGAAGUGAUCUCCAGAGCUCUCUUCCAACCUCAACCAUUCUGUGGUUCUGUGACCUCUUUACAGUUUCGUAUGGAAAGGAGAGAGCAUUGGUGGCGGUACAGGAACGUAACUGAGUCAAGCCAAGCUUGUGACUCAAGGCAUUCACCAUGUUUAAUCACAGGAUGGUAAUAUUUGUAUAACUGUGCCUCAUGGUCUUACUCUCUACCUCUGUCCUAGAAGCCAGCCAUACACAUCAGGGCUGUUUGGGGUAAAAACCCAGGGGAAAAAAAUAAAGCUUUUAAAGGAGGAAGUGUGACUUCCAAGUUGGCACUCAUUGAGGUUAGAGAUUAAGUUUGCAUUUCUUCUUAUAUUUGGACUCUUAAUUACAAUGUGUAUGUUUAGCCAAUUUUGUACCCCCAUGGCUCAAAAUCCUCCCCCUUUAAAAAAAAAAAAAGAUGCUGGAAUUUAAAAAAAGAGCAAAUAAACAUUUGUUUCAAGGUC